AUCAAGUAAUGCUUUUCUUAAAAUUUGUUUUAUUUAGAUGGAACAGUUAAUCACACUUUGGAUUUUAUUUGUCAUCAUCAUAAUUGGAAAUUCAGUAGUCUUGUACUUAACAACGAAGGAGAGGGUUCGAAAGAGGAAAUCUCGAAUGACAUUUUUUGUUAUACAGCUUGCUAUUACAGAUGGCCUCACAGGAGUUAUAAGUAUCAUGACUGAUAUAAUAUGGAGAUAUACUGGCAAUUUCAUGGCUCCCGAUAUUGUGUGCAGGGUUGUGAGGUAUUUGCAGGUUGUCCUUUUAUAUGCAUCUACCUAUGUACUUGUGUCUCUCAGUAUAGACAGAUACCAUGCAAUAGUUCAUCCGAUGAAGUUUCUUCAAGGAGAAAAACAAGCAAAGGUUUUAAUUGUAGUUGCUUGGACACUUUCGUUCCUGUUUUCCAUUCCCACAUUGAUAAUUUUUGGAAAGAUAGAACUGCCAAAUGGAGAAAUUCAGUGCUGGGCCCUUUGGCCAGAUGAUUCUUACUGGAAACCCUAUAUGACAACCGUGGCCUUGCUGAUAUAUUUUAUUCCUUUGAUCAUUAUAAGUGUCAUUUAUUUCAUUGUGAUCAGAACCAUAUGGGCAAAGAGUAAAUCACACUCCGUGAUCAUUUCCAACUGUACUGAUGGAAAGUUCUGUGCAAGUUACAAUCAUCGAGGCCUCAUAUCAAAGGCAAAAAUGAAAGCUAUAAAAUAUAGCAUUGUGGUCAUCCUUGCUUUUAUAUUGUGUUGGAGCCCCUAUUUUCUUUUUGACAUUCUGGAUAACUUUGAGAUGUUACCAAAGACUCAAGCGCGAAACUAUGCAUCUGUAAUUAUUCAGAAUCUGCCAGUUUUAAACAGUGCUGUCAACCCAAUAAUUUACUGCAUAUUUAGCAACAGACACUGCAGAUUAUCCAGGGACCGAAGCUCAGGAAAAUUUCAAGGCACCCUCAGAGACAAAACUGAAGGAGUAGAAAUGCAAAUUGUGUCCAAGCCAGAGUACAUCUAAUGCAUGGGCUGUCAUCAAGACGAUAGAUAUAACAAAGUUAAUAUUCAAAUGAGCAUACGUUGGCUCCUUUGAUUACAGCACACAAUGAGAUGCAAAUUGUACACACAGGGCAUUUGUGAUGUUAAUAGUUUUUAUAGUUUUGACAUUGUUUCUUACCAGAUUUUAAAUAUACUGUGUCUACUUUGUUAGUUACAGGGUUGUAAACACAUUACUCUGAUUGCUGACAAAUAUAGGCUAUAAAUUACAAUAGUUUAAUGGUUAUUUAAAUGCAGAUUAGUGACUUUACUAUAUUUAGUCAGCCACAGAACCUGUAAAGUUUAUAUGUAUUGAUAACCGUGUCAAAUCUGGGCAAUUUAACCUGAGUCUGAUGAAAAAUGUCUAAGCAGAUGCUUCCUAAAGCUGAUGUUUUCUCUGCUUAUAUUUUACCCUCCCUGAUUCAGCUGCCCCCUCCCUCCAUCUUCACCUCCAUUA